AUGGCGGAAUUUUUGUCUUCAUUCUACACCUGUGUAUAUGAGGUUGUGAACGAUCAUUCAUUGGAUUCAAUAAUAUCGUGGGGCAAAAGCAACAUCAGUUUCAUCAUUUGGAAUCUGAGAGUGCUUCACAGCAAGCUUCUUUCGAUUUCGAGGCCCUCACGUCUUCCUUACGCCAGUAUCAAAAUGUUCUUCUAUGACCUCAAGUAUUAUGGAUUUAAAAGAGUUGAAGAGUUAAAGGAAUUCGGAAAUGCUUCUUUUGUGAGAGGUAAACCCGAGCUCUUGCGGAAGAUGCAGCGGAAGUCUUUUGACAAGAAUCUCCGUAAAUAUCAGGCAAAUGUUAGAGCAGAGGACGCAACGGCUCGCUUGCAACAUUUGCGAAUUUGA